GUGAGAAUUUAGUCAUCACUUCUGAUAGGACAAAAUAAAAGAGCUGCCAGCUGCUCCUGGUGGGACUGAAACCGAUGGAGGCUGAUUAGAUAAUUACCCUCAGGCUGCUCUAAUGAGGCUGAUUGCAUGAAGCCUUAAACUCUCCUCCUCUGCUCCUCACCUCAUCCUGUCUUUGCUGCCUCAUCGAUCCGAGAGGAGCUCUUGUAGAUUUGAGUCACAUUCAUGGAGCCCUUGUGUUUUGGGGUGAACCUCCUGGUCGGACUCUUUUUGUCAGGAAUCUGCGCUUUCGCCUUUCCUCCAACACACUUCUCACAGCAUGCCUCGUUCCAGACAGCCCUUCAGUCCAAACCCUCUGAGCAGCAGAAGCAGCAGGUGAACACCGUGAGCGUCGCCUGCCAUCCAGACUCUCUGGAGAUCACCAUCAAAGCCGACAUGUUUGCGGUUGGCGCUCCAGUCAACAGGGAGGAGCUGCGUCUGGGAGUGGAUCACAGUGAUUCCUGCAGAGCUGCAGCUUCUUCAGAGGAUGAGUACAGGAUCGUAGUUGGACUGGUGGACUGCGGCACCAAACACUGGAUGACUGAAGACUCCCUGGUCUACACAAACCUCCUCAUUUACUCCCCUGAGGCCUCCCCUAAUGGUCUGAUUCGGAUGGACGAGGCUGUAGUUCCCAUCGAGUGUCAUUAUGGAAGGAAGUACAGUUUGUCCAGCUCUUCGCUCAUGCCGACCUGGAUCCCCUUCACGUCCACGCAGGCUGCCGUGGAAACGUUGGCAUUCAACUUGAGACUGAUGACGAAUGACUGGAUGCAUGAAAGAAGCGCCAACAUGUUCCACCUCGGUGAGCCCAUCAGCAUCGAGGCCUCGGUCCGGGUUGGACAUCACAUGGGGCUCAGGGUGUUCAUCAGCAGCUGUGUGGCAACGCUUCAGCCGGACAUUUACUCUGAGCCCAAAUACAUCUUUGUGGAAAAUGGGUGUCUACUUGACUCCCAGCUUCCAGGUUCAAAGGCUCACUUCUUAACCAGGACACAGGACGAUAAACUCCAGUUGGUCAUCGAUGCCUUCAAGUUCCACAAUGAUGACAGAGGAGAGCUCUACAUCACGUGUCACCUGAACGCUGUUCCAGUGAACGAUGCAGAAGCCCCGAAUAAGGCGUGCACUUCUGUAAAUGGAAGGUGGCGGUCAGCUGAUGGGAAUGACUACCUGUGUGGAUACUGUCAGAGUGAAGCUGGCCAGCUACACAGCAAAGCCAGCAAGUUUGACCCUCGUGGGUUCGGGAAGCCGGCAGAGCCUGAACCCUUGUUUAGAAGUGGACUGAGGACUAAUCAGGUGUGGGAUCAUGAGAAGAGAGUGGGUCCUGUGAUGGUUCUGCCGUCACUGAAAAGUGGGCCUCUACCGAUGGAAGAGCUUCCUCUGGUUCUAAGUAAAAUCGGCAGAACUGCACUGUACGGCAGCCAGUGGAGAAGUGGAAUAAGCCGACCUGAUGUGGAGAAGGUACUGCUCACUCCUCCACCAGACUUGGAGGAGGAAGAAGAGGUGGAGGAGGAAGAAGAUGACAAAAAUGACACGGACAAAGAUGCUGUACCUCUAGAAAAAGCUUCCCCAGACUUCAAGGCGAAAUCGUUGCCGGUGGAACUGGACCUGAACGCCACUGAAGCUCCCAGUGACGUCAGCUUCACCUCCCCGUACGAAGUGAAGGAGACUCUACUGUCAAACACAACUGCUGCACAACCUGACCCAGAGAUAACAGACCCAAAGAAAUAAAUGCUUCUGAAUACAUUUUA